UUGCUUGAUUUCUUCAUCUUCCUUCCACGGUCGUUGGUUGCUAAACAUACUUUCCGACCUCCAUAUUACCAUCGGAAUUUGCAUGAGCGAAUUCAUGGGUCUGAUUUAUGGAGGAUAUGAGGCAAAAGCCGAUGGGUUUCUCCUAGGUGGUGCAAGCCUUCAUAGCUGCAUGACUCCCCACGAUCCUGAUACGAAGACCUAUGAGUUCUCGCAGGCAACAAUUGCUUGUGGAAAUGAAGCAAGACCACAGAGAAUAGCUGAUACCAUGGCUUUCAUGUUUGAAUCGUGUCUCAUACUGCGAGUCUGCCCAUAGGCUCUCGAGUCGCCCUUAAGGAUGAUGAUUAUUACCAGUGCUGGAUUGGACUGAAGUCCCAUUUCACUCGCGAAGCAACAAACAGUCAACUAAGUGACGUAUGGAAUGGUCAUGAUGAAAGUGGAACCAAAGGGCAUCGUGAAUGAUUUAGCUUCAGAUGUAAAAACCCAGGCACAUAAUAGCUUCCCUAUAAAUCUAUAACUGAUUUUUGCUUCAAUAACAUCUUGCUAUUUCUCUUAGCAUUUAGUGUAACUACAAAAGAGUACCAAAGUUGUAAAAUACAUAAGGUGUGCCAAAACAAUGAAUCCCUUGGAUUGGAAGAUCUAAAAUUGAUUUAUGUUUCAAUAACCUUUUGCUAUUUUUCUGUUAUCAUCACUACCGUAACCAAAAACACUUUCCGAUACCAAUUCAACUAAUGAGCACGUGGAAACGUGCGAAGC